AUGGAGAUCUCUUUGAAUUUGAGCGAAGGCAUAUUACCAAGUGAGAUAAUUGAAGAUAUACUCUUAAGAUUAGAUCCAAAAUCUUUGAUACGAUUCAAAUGCGUGAGCAAAUCUUGGUUGUCCCUACUAAACGACCCAAUUUUCAUGUAUACCAACCACAAACGACAGCCACUUCGUACUUUCAUGGGCCACAAUCAUCCUGGAGGUUCAGGCCCAUUCUCAAUUCGUAGCUAUGAAAACUUUGAUCAGUUUUCUUCUCAGGUAUACAAAUUUCAUGUAAAGGCUAAGGAAAUAUCCUUGGUGGGUAUUGACAAUGGUGUGAUUUGCUUACGAGAACCAUUUAAUGAUAAUGAUAAUUGUUUUUACCUUUGGAACCCAGCAAUCCAAAAGUAUAAGAAACUCCCUCCAUAUCCAUGUGAUUUAUCUAUAGAUAGAAUGUAUGGAUUUGGGUACGAAUCAUUAACUAAUGAUUUCAAAAUGGUGGGUGUAACCAGUAGUGAAGAAUUAAUUGUUUAUAGUAUGAAAAGAAAUUCAUGGAAAAUUAUGGUGUUGUCUAAUCUAAUUUCUGAUGAUAUGGGGUUUAAUAAUAAUGUUUCUGUUGUUGUUAAUGGCUCUAUUCAUUGGUCAUUCUGUCUUGUGAAUACUGAACUUAUUGGACAAAAUUGUGUAUAUGUAACUAAUACAGUAGUUGCUUUUGAUCUUAGUAGGGAGGAGUUUAAGCUCAUUAAAUACCCUUCAUCUCUAAAAGAUAAUGAAUUUUGCAUUUAUGGUAUUUCAAACUUGUGUGGUUGCCUAUGUAUGGUGACUUCACAAUUAUUAGAAAAUUUAUCACCAUCAUCAUGUAUUGAGAUAUGGGUUAUGAAGGAAUAUGGUGUAUUUGAUUCUUGGAACAAAUAUCUUUAUGUGGACUUGAUUAACCAACCUCUCUACCGACAAUUAAGUGUAUCACAUAAUGGUAAUCUCUUAUUACUUGAAUCAAAUAACAAAAAUAUUUUGGAUAGAAACUGCCUAUUUACUCUGUCCAUUUAUGAUGCCAAGGCGAGUAAGAUGGUCCAACUCCAACAUAUUGGUCUACAAAAGCCGCAGGGUUCCUACCUUGGUACUUAUGCAGAGAGUAUCUUUCUCAGUUGAUUAAGGCACAACAUUUUUAUUCUUAGUUAAUUUGUUAAUUUUCUUCCUCUUACUCUUAUAGUACUGGUUUUUGAAUAUAUAUUAUGGGUUUCUAUUUUAGAUUUUUAUUAUUGGUUAGUCAAGUCUCUUCAUUCAUGCAUGCUUAGUUUAGUUUAUUUUGGUUUUGUGGGCAUGUCUAACUUAUAUCUACCUACUUACAAGUUCAAUGCAUUUUUUUAUCCAUGGUGUUGAAGUGUUUAGCAAAUACCAAUUUUUCUCUUUUUUACUUAUUUGAUCGACCUAUUAUAUAUAUUAUUAAUUAAUUGUAUGAAGGAAAACAGAGUGAAAAUUAGAAUGGAGGCCAACAUGUGGAUGACUCAACAUCAUACUCGUGAGCUUUUUUAAUAAAGCAACAAAGUAAACCAAUAGGAAGAAAGA